AUGGGGUGCGGCAUGUCCAUAGAAAAUGGCUCUAAGGACUCGAAAAAAACUCCCACCGUUACAGAGGACCCAACCUUGUUACCUGUUCAAAAGCAGUCGGUACCCACGAAAGACGGCCUAGAUGUCUUCGACAAGGCGCCGCCGAAAUACGAACCGAGCUCGUCGACCCUCCCAUUAGGUUUCGAUAACUUUCCGACCGGAGUCAUAGUUAUCCUCAAUCUCCUCAAGGCGGCGGCCAAGCUGAUCUACUGGGGUCACAAGGGUGCCUGGGCUGCUUUAAAUGAGCGACAUGGGCAGAUAUGGCUUGACUCGGCGUACACGCUGCGCCCAAUCACCCAUACGGCCAUUCUUCUCUACGCCGCCGUUCGAUUGCUGGUCGGGAGUGCGCUGGGUAGUAACAUGAUCUUCUACUUCACAACCUUUCCCAAUCUCGAAACCGAGCAGCUAUCUGCCCUAGAGCUUAAUACGCUGAACGCUUUGAUGAAAGUUUUUAACGCCAAAACCUUCCGGCUGGCCCGCCAGCUUGUUUGUGAGAACAGCAUUGCACUGGCCGAUCAAGGCUUGGAAGAUUUCAUCAACAAUGACGCCAACUUUCUUGAGAUGGAUACGUCAGAUGAGAAACUAGGCAAAUUGCUGGCAUUUACCAGAGAGAAAAUGAAAUUUUUUUGGCACGGAUGGGAUGGCAGCGACCUCGACUUCGGAAAACUACGAUCGCUGUACAAAAAAGCACUAAAAGAAUCGAAAAAACAGCGAAUGCUACUCAAUAAUACUUCAUUCAUCUAUCAGAUGGCAGUCGACAGCUACAAGCGACAGCUCGAGUCGAACAUGAUCUUCCCGCUCACGUGCACCUUCAUUCUGGGGACUCGGCUGGAAACAGCCGAGGUUGAGGCCAUUCAAAAAUGCCAAAUCGAAGGCCGUGAAGUGUUACGUAAAGCGGUAAAAGAGGUGCAUAGGAAGACGAAAGGAUCCUCCUUGUGGAGAAGGCCCACCCAGCCCGAGCCCGACUCUGCGGCGGAGAACGCCGGGUCGGUGGCCAAGGAGCUGGAAUUGGUGGGGCAUCAGUUCUGUAUUCAAGCCAUCGUUUUCUGCGACCACCUGAACGAUCAAGCCAAGGAGGCGUACAAUAAAGUCGACAACUUCUUCCAAGGCGAGCCGGACGACAUCAAUGAUGUCACCUACGUCUCCGAGGUGAUGUUCCUGUGCUACUUCCUCAGCGCUAUUUGGAUCUUCAAGACCACCAACUCACACGACCCCCGCGUCGACGGCUGGGAGGAACUACAAGCCAAGCCCCAGUACAAUCAGCAAUGCAUCGCGGACGAGAACCGUGUCAUCUGGCUGCCCGGCCACAAACUCAUCCGCUGGUUCGUGUUUGAUAUUGUGGAUGAAGACGACGACGACGAAGAUCAAUUUUCCAAUGACAAAACCCGUGCCCCCCGGCAAGACGAGAUUGACUUCGCAAACGGCGUAAAGCUCGGAACUGUGCCCGAUACGGCAUCGUAG